AGCUGCCGCGUCGCGUCUGGGUUGGGCGCGCUGGGGCGGGGCGCGCGGAGUGCGGGCCGCCAGCCCAUCCUCGCCCAUCCUCGCCCAUCCUCGCCCAUCCUCGCCCAUCCUCUCCCAACUUCUAGAAGGCGAGCAGCCUCCGGUCCUCGCCCAGCGGGAGCUUCUGGGCCGCCAAUGGAGAGCCAGGAGUUUUCGGGGUCUUCUAGGCUGUCCGAUGGGCAUGACAUGGCAGAAAUAUCCACUCGCUCCGAAGCCCUCCAGAAGCCCUUUGUAGUCAGGAUAUUUGACAUGCACAACCAGCCUGCGGAGUCCGAGGAGCCGGGGUUAGCCGAGGAGGCCGGCGAGCAAGACCAGCCAGGCGAGUCAGAGGGGUGUACAGAGUCCCACCAGAUCCCCAAGCCCCACAAGCCCUAUGAGCUCUACCAACCCUGUGAGCCCCACAGGCCCCCCAAACCCCAUGCACCUUACAAGCCUCAUCCACCGCGUGAGGCCCGCAAGCCCCAUAAGCCCCAGCGGCCCCAUGCUCCCCGCGAGCCCCACAAGCCCCACGAAGUCGAGUUGUUUCCCAGAGCUGGCGUGAUUAUCUCCCCGUCUCUGCUGACCAGAUUCCCGCCACGGCUUCUGCCAUCUUCCCUGAGAGAUCCUUGUCCCUGUGACUUUGUAAGGAAAUGUUCUUUUUCUAGGAAGAGAAUUCAAGAUCUUUCUAGGCCUAAGAAACAAUGGGGAGCCCCAGAUAGAAAACUGUUUUGGGGAAAUCAAGAUCCUAUUCGCCCUGUUUCCCGGAAUGCUUUGAAGGCUCAACUGACCAAAAGACUUGAGAACCUUGCCCAGCCUAAGGAAGUCUCCCACGGAUAUGUACCUAACAGGGUUCAGUAUUAUUACAGCUGCGGUAGAGAGUCUGUAAUCUGGGAGACCCCUUCUCCUGCACUGUUUUGCCAACCUUCCAAAAGGAUCCAGAAGCUGGCACAGCCCAACAGAUUCAAGAAAGGGUAUCUAAUAAAUAGGCCCUUCAGUGAUUACUUAAGAGAUUCUCUUCAAAUCUCUGAUCCUUCUCCCCGGAUAUUACAACUCGCAAUAGCCAAAGUCACAAAUCCAAACUAUGUUCCUCCAAAAAGCACUGAAACCAAAAUUGCGACGUCUGCCCUGACUGCUGUUGCAACUCCAAGAACUGUAGACCUUGCCCAUCCAAGGAUUAAGAUAGAGGGUCUGUGCUUUGAAAGAGAAAGAAGUGAAAUGCCCAUCCGUCCUAUAUCCGGUGCUGCCUUGCUCGCCAAACCUAGCCCUCGAAUACUAGCUCUAGCUAAGCCCAGGCCUCUUCAUCAAGAUUAUUUACCUCCCCGUGAUGCCUACUGGCCAGUAUCUUGUGCUGCUCUCCAUUCCAAGAUAUCUCCCAGAAUUCAAGAACUAGCUAAUCCAAAUACAAGGACUCCUGUGCAUAUUGUAUAUUACGAUCCAGAAGUCUUUAAAGUCAAGCCAGCUGCUUUGAAAGCACAGUGUUCUCCGAGGAUCCAUGAGUUGGCACAACCUCUUACGCGUUAAGCACAGAAAGCCACAUCAGUCAAACUCAUUAUGUUUCUAGAAGACAUAUUAGAUGACUUAGUUCCCUUGUCUGGUACUGUCAGUUUAUAGCCCCCACUCCCUCAAAGCACACGAGACCUCUAGGGAACACCACUGCUGCUGUUACCUGUAAUCAUGUCUUUAGCAGGUUUGGGGACUCCAGCAUGCAAUAAAAGAGAAAAUGAUAGCCUGCCUUAUUAUCCUUACUAUCUCCUCACGUGCAUCUUGGCUGUCUCAUUGCUCUGACUGACCUGAAGAUACAUUCUUCCUUAUAUUUGCUAGUUUUGCUUUUCUUUUCCCAGUGAGAUCUGUGUUCUCCAGUAGCUGAUCUCACCUCAGUGCCUUCUCUAAUAAAUCCUGAGAACUGAAAUCAUUCCUUGUGUUACUUUUCCAACGUCCCCUCAUUACCAAGAAAUAACACUGAAAUGGUGAAGCCUUUGUGGCUAAGUCAAAAUGCUUUAUAUAAUCUGUAGAUGAAAUUGAGGGAGUAGGUUACCUUAAAUGAUCACAUCUCCACCAACUUCUGUUCCUUCACUCAUGCUCAGUGUCAUUUAUCAUGAAUGACAGAAGAAGCUAAACAUUUGAACAUGAUGAAAUGUAUCCAUUAAAAAGUACUCUGAAGAGAUGGACCUCCAGCAAGGUGGCAUGGGAACUCCAGUGACCACACUCUCCAGUGAAUGUUAUUAUUUUUUUAAAUUAGAGCUUCUGGAAAUGGCCCUUAGGAUAAACAACAAAUGAAGAAACAUCUAUUCAGGGAUAUCUAUGAAAAUUCAGUAAGAAAGAAUCUUAGAGCCUAAUGAAUGUAAUGUCCAAACAUGGUGAGCCCCUCAGCAAGUAAAAUUCCUAGCAUCACGACUAGUCAUAGCAGGAAACCAAGCAAUAACAGCUGCCACCAUCAUCACCUCCUCCACCACCACCGCAGGAGAUUGACAGCUCAUCUGUGCCCCUCUUCUGCUUGGUUUCCGGUGAGAUUGGUAUACGACAUCAUAUGGUAGAUUUGAACUUGAAUUUUGGAAUCAGACCUGGGUUUGUAUCCCACGUGGAUCAUUUACCAGUCCCAAUGAAAACACAAUCCUCCUAUCAAGAAGUGGAGUCCACUUCCCCAUGCCUUGAGUCUGGGGUGCCUGUGACUUGCUUAGACCAACAGAAGGUGGCAGAAGUGACAUUGUAGGACUUCCAAGUCCAGGCCCUGAGCAGCCUUGCCUUCUUGGCACGCUGCUGCAGAACUGCAUGGAAAGAAACCCAGCCUCCCUGAGAGACCUCAUAGCAAGAGAAGUCCAGACCUCCCCUCUGAGCCCGGCGGCCAGCUCGCCCUCUGCUGAAUGCAUCCAUGUGAGUGAGCCAGCAGGACCAGCAGAAGGACUGCCCGGCCAACCCACAGAAAGGUCAGGAAGGAAAAUGAUGGUUUUAAGCUCCUCUUUGGGGUUGGUUUGUUAUUCAGCAGUGUGGAACUGAAACAGUGAACAAGCUGGUGGAGUAAGAGACUGAAGCCGUGGGUGGUAGGGAGGGCAGCAAGGGGUUUGGACUGCAGCCAGCUGAUCUUCAGAGGUUUGUGAGCAAGUACUUGGUUAGGGUCUGCUAAAGGAGCAGGCACACACUUCUCCCUCAAUUAGUUGUUUUAAGUGCCUUUAUCAACUUGUGUGAACUAACCUACAGCAGACGUGAACUUAAGUGACCCCUGACUGGCCAGUAAGAAACUGCACAGGCUCCGGACGCGCAGGCUCAGCGGCCAUGGCUCACGGGCCCAG